AUAUCACAAAUUAGAAAGAAGAAUUAUUUGACAAUUGACGCAGUACUAGACGUAAAAAGUAACAUUAAGUAAUUAUAAAACAAGAAAUUUAUAUUCAAUUGUAUUUUUAUGAAUAUAAACAUUCAACCUUGUCUUAAUGUAUCCCGAUGAUAAAGUUAAGAAAUGGAUUUAUUAAAUAGUGUGGUACAGAUAAUAUAAAUAACAAUACUUCUAAUGGCAGUACCAGGGGGUGAUAAUAAAGGUCCAUGUUACUGGUGUUUCAAGGCAGUUAAAUGGAUACCCGUUUUAUUUAUUGUAACAAUAGUUGUCUGGUCUUACUAUGCUUAUGUUAUUCAACUUUGCCUAUUGACCAUGGAAGAUCUGGUUAAGCAAUUGCUAUACCUGGUUUUUUACCACAUUUUCUUCUUCAUGUUUUGUUGGGCAUAUUGGCAAACAAUUUUCACAAAUAUAGCUACAGUGCCUAAUAAAUAUUCAGUUCCUGAUCAUGUUUUUGAAGCUUAUAUGAAUAACGCUGAUAACUUUGAAACACAAAACAGCAUGUUAGAAAAUUUAGCUAAACGUUUACCUAUUGCCAAUAUUACUUUAAGUGGAGGAGUACGUUUUUGUGAGAAAUGUAGAGUUCUUAAGCCUGAUAGGGCACACCACUGUUCUGUUUGUGGUGUUUGCGUGUUAAAAAUGGAUCACCACUGUCCAUGGAUAAACAAUUGUGUGUCCUUCACAAACUACAAAUUUUUUGUAUUGUUUUUGGGAUAUGCACUUUUAUACUGUAUAUAUGUAUCCCUUACAUCACUUACUUAUUUCAUUGCCUUCUGGAAGGGUGACUUACCAGGUAUGGGACGAUUCCACAUAUUAUUUCUAUUUUUUGUCUCUGUAAUGUUCGCUAUUAGUUUACUGUCACUAUUUGGUUACCAUUGUUACUUAGUUGUUGAAAACCGAACUACACUGGAAGCGUUCCGGCCACCAAAUUUUAAAGAUGUAGGAACAGAUAAGUACGGGUUUCAUAUAGGCAGGUACAAAAAUUUUCAAGAAGUUUUUGGAGAACAUCCUAAAAAAUGGUUUCUUCCAGUCAGUACCAGUUUGGGUAACGGUUUAGAGUAUCCUGUACACUCUCGACUCCAGCCAAGUACCUAUCAAUCAAUGGACAACACCCGGAACAGUUUGGGCGAUGGACUAACAUUUCCACAGCGACAAAUAGAUGAAGAUCAAGAAUCACUUUUACAUCGGAACUAUGAAGAUGACGUUGAAUCUGUUUGACGUCCAUGAAUUGAAUAAAACGCUGUAUUCUAUCCGUAAUUUAAUUGAGGAGAUAUUUUGAUAUUUUUGUUAUGAAAUAUUUAUAAGGUAGAUGAUAUAUUGUUUUAUUUAUAAGGUUGAGUUGAGAUAGGUUAAUAUUAAAUGCUGUUCGUUGUAAAUCGUUGAGGCCACGGGAAAAAAAUGAAAUUGGCAACAUAACAAGAUUUAACAUGUAGUUUGAAUCCUUCACUUAUUCUACGGAAGUGGGGAACUGUCAUCAUAGAGGUCCAAAUUGUUUACUGUACUGUCGUUAUUAUUUAACCUAUCUUAUGCUCUAAAACCUAGUCCACAGAGUACUUCGUUAAUCUGAUCAAGUCUCUAUGUAGAUAUAAAUUCUGAACAUGGUAUUUCUGUAAUUAAUUGACCCGUCAAGUGAAGAACUUAAAAACUAGUGCUGUGAUGGAUUUUAAAUAAAACUAUUAGUAGGA